AUGUCCUCCAAGUUAUUCUCCCGAUCGAAAUUCUCCGCAAGAGGGUCACGGUCGUUUUAUGAACAGCUCCGUUCUGGCGAUGAUGACGAAUACGAUCCCGGCAUCGAUGAAGAGAACCUUGGUCAUCAAUUUGAUGACGAUUUUCAUCCCGAAGGACUCGAUAUUGGCGAUAGCCGCAUGACAAUAGAAAGUGCAGCUCUGAAACCAAAGGGCAAAGGAAGGGCUAAGGCACUAAGGAAGCAGGCGCAAAGUCCCGGUGGACCCUCGCCGCGAUGGCACCAGCAGGACGACGACGGUGACAACGAGGUGCCGGCAUCGUUACUCAUGGAGCCAAACGAAGUAGUAGACUUACCCCCCACAUCGCCCAGACGAGCAGCACCAUCGAACAAUCCCCAAAGUCUAGAAGCUGCAGGCCCAUCAUCAGCACGGGCAAGGGCGCAGUGGGAAGCAGCCACAGCUCAGCAACAACUUCAUCAAGAGAAUAGGUAUGGGGUGCCCGCUGGACCACAACCUAUGCCCGUGGCUAGGGGCUUGAUAGCGAGUAAUCCGAGGGAGAAAGCACUCUGGCGAUGGGUUAACACCUCAAAUCUAGACAGCUUUAUGCGGGAUGUUUACGACUAUUAUGAAGGUGGGGGACUGUGGUGCAUUCUGUGUGCUAACGCUCUAUGGCUCUUGUAA